CGGUGGCUGCUGGGAUGCGGGAGGGCUGCGGGGCGGAGCGGCGGAUCGCGGCCUGGCGGCGGGAGCGGCCGCGGCCUCAGUGAGUGAAACUUGAAGUGAAGAAACAUGUCUCAGUCUGGUGAAAAAGUAAAGUUUUCCGACUCGGCAGGCUAUGUGGGAUUUGCUAAUCUGCCCAACCAGGUUCACAGGAAAUCUGUGAAGAAGGGCUUUGAAUUCACACUCAUGGUGGUUGGUGAGUCUGGCUUAGGAAAAUCCACUUUAAUUAACAGUCUGUUCCUGACUGAUCUUUAUCCAGAACGUUACAUUCCUGGAGCAGCAGAGAAAAUAGAGAGGACAGUUCAAAUCGAAGCUUCCACAGUAGAGAUAGAGGAGCGAGGGGUGAAGCUGCGUUUAACUGUAGUUGACACACCAGGAUAUGGAGAUGCCAUUAACAGCCAGGACUGCUUCAAAACAAUCAUCCACUACAUUGACAACCAGUUUGAGCGGUACCUCCAUGAUGAGAGUGGGCUGAACAGGCGCCACAUCAUCGACAACAGAGUCCACUGCUGCUUCUACUUCAUCUCUCCUUUUGGGCAUGGACUGAAGCCAUUAGAUGUGGAGUUCAUGAAGGCUCUUCAUGGAAAGGUCAACAUUGUCCCUGUGAUUGCCAAGGCUGACACCCUGACACUGAAGGAGAGGGAGAGGCUGAAGAGAAGAGUUCUGGAUGAGAUUUCUGAACAUGGUAUUAGGAUUUAUCAGCUCCCUGAUGCUGAUUCUGAUGAAGAUGAGGAGUUUAAAGAACAAACUAGAGUUUUAAAGGCUAGCAUUCCCUUCGCUGUUAUUGGAUCCAAUCAACUUAUUGAGGUGAAGGGGAAAAAAAUCCGAGGCCGCCUGUACCCCUGGGGAGUUGUUGAGGUUGAAAAUCCAGAGCACAACGAUUUCCUCAAGCUGCGCACAAUGCUGGUGACUCACAUGCAGGACCUGCAGGAGGUGACCCAAGACUUGCACUACGAGAAUUUCCGUUCCGAGAGGUUAAAACGCACUGGCAAGCCUGUUGAAGAGGAAGUGGUGGACAAGGAUAGAAUCCUCCAGCAGAAAGAGGCUGAGCUGCGCCGCAUGCAGGAGAUGAUUGCCCAGAUGCAAGCCCAGAUGAGGAUGAAGCCUGGUGAUGACUAAAGGUGCUUAACAGCUGGAUGCAUCAGGUAUU